AUGCCUAAGAGUAAGAAAACUAUAUCCAAAAAGGACUCCAGCCCGUCUGAAGAUGGAGUCCAAAAACCAGAAACGUCAAGCAAGAACCAGGAAGAUAAGACCAGUUCAGAGGUUCACUCUCCAGAGAACGAGCCUGCAACAAUUUCUAAUGAAGAUAGAGGAAAAGUUAAUGAAGUUUCCAAAUUGAGCAUUGCUCAUGAAAUCGUUGUAAACCAAGAUUUCACUGUGGAAAAGAAUGAUUUACCUGAAGACGGUGUGGAAAGCAAGUUUGUGGAGACAAUGUAUAAUGCAUUUUGGGACCACUUGAAAGAUCAACUGUCACAAACUCCUCCUGACUUUUCUUGUGCUCUUGAACUUAUAAAAAACAUAAAACAGAUUUUAAUGUCACUACUAUUGCCACGUCAGAAUCGUCUAAGAAAUGAAAUUGAAGAGGCACUGGAUUUGGAUCUCCUCAAACAAGAAACAGAGCAUGGGGCUCUGGAUGUUCCACAUCUCUCCAACUACAUUCUCAACUUGAUGGCCCUCAUGUGUGCACCAGUUAGAGAUGAAGCUGUACAGGAACUAGAAAACAUAAAAGAUCCAGUACAGUUACUGAGGGGUAUCUUCCAAGUUCUAGGCCUGAUGAAAAUGGACAUGGUGAACUAUACUAUCAAGAACAUUCGACCAUAUUUACAGGAACAUUCUAUACAAUAUGAACGAGCUAAAUUCCAAGAACUCCUUGACAAGCAGCCUGAUCUUCUUGAUUGUACCACAAAAUGGAUGACUAGAGCCACCAAAGAGCUUAUUUCAUCACUACAACGUACAUCUGUAGCUCCAAGUACUUCUUCUGGCACAAUAAGUUCAUUUCCAACUCCAAAACCCGAUCCAGAUCCACCUAGUCUUACAACAGUGCUAUACCAAGGGUACCUAAAUCUUGUUCUCAGGGACCAUGGGAACGAAGAAUUCCCUGAGACUCUGCUGAUGGAUAAAGCACGACUGCAGAACAUGAGAUCCAAAUUGCGCCACUUGACCAUUCUAGCCUCAGUUUUACUUGUGGCUAGAAGUUUCUCUUGUGGUGUUUUAUUCAGCUCACCAGAAUUUGUGGAUAAACUGAAAUGCAUAACGAAGGCUCUAACAGAAGAAUUUAGCUCCAAGCCAGAAGAAUCUAUGUUAAGUGUGAGUGAGCAAGUAUCUCAGGAAAUACAUCAAGGCCUCAAAGACACAGGUCUAACUGCCCUGAGCAGUGAAAACAGAGCAUCACUUGUAGGACAACUCCGGAACAUUGCCAAGAAAGAGAAUUGCAUUCGUACCAUCAUUGAACAACGGAUACAUUUAUUUCUUAAAUGCUGUUUGAUUCGUGGCAUGCAAGAAUCUCUUCUAGACUUCCCUGGAGGCCUUCUUUUCAUUGAGCCAGAGUUGGCAGAACUAGGCUGGAAGUUUGUUAAUCUGAUGCAUCACAACCAGCAUGUGUUUAGCCCUUACUAUGCUGAAAUCCUAAAAAAUAUCAUCUCUCCACCAAAUGCAGAAGAAAAUGAAGAAAAACCUAUCUGA